AUGGCGGGAUCGUCUCCUCACGAUGUCCUCUUCAAAGGGGCAACCGUGGUCUCCAUGGACAGCAAGAUCGGGGUGGUCCAUAACUGCGACAUCCUCGUUCAGGGUAACACCAUUGCGAAGGUCCAGCCAAAUAUCGACGUGAAAGAGUACAGCGGUGCAGAGAUCAUCAAUGCAGAAAAUUCCAUAGUUUCCCCCGGUUUCGUGGACGGCCACCACCACAUGUGGCAGCAAUUGCUGCGAUCGUUAGCCACGGACUGGUCUCUCGCCGAUUACCUUUAUGUCAUGAGAAGAUGUUAUGGCAGUCUGUACACCCCGGAAGAUGUAUAUGUGGCCAACCAUGUUGCUGCCCUUGACUUGAUCCACAAUGGCGUUACGACUGUGGUUGAUCACUGUCACAUUCUCAACUCUCCUGCCCACACGGACGCCGCCAUUCGCGGCCUGAAGGACGCUGCCAUACGUGGGGUAUGGUGCUAUGGCUUCUACGACAACCCGGCUCUACCCAAAGAGCACAACAAGUUUGACGUGACGAAUUCCGAGUUUGGAGCGUCUGCGAAGAUGAAAGACGCACGACGGGCCCGCAAGGAACACUUUUCAACAACAAACUCGUGGGAAACUGACCUGCUCACUUUCGGCGUUGCUCCGUAUGAAGCAGAGACAAUGCCAAUGUCUGAACUUCAAGAACAAAUCAAAUUGGGACGUGAACUGCAAGCCACCAUCAUAACCGCUCACGUUGCGGUCGGUCAUUAUGAUGCGGGAAAUCAGAUUGUGAAACAGUUGGGAGACGCCAAGAUGUUGGGACCAGAUCUGUUAUUCUCGCAUGGAUCGGCUUUCACUGAUGAGGAAUGCCAUAUGCUCGCCCAAACCAAAGCAGGAGUAGUUUCCACUCCUGACACCGAUUUACAGAUGGGCAUGGGCCAUUCCGUAGCCUUUCGCGCGGAAGGCCACGGUUGUCGUGUGGGAUUGGGCAUUGAUAUCACUUCGAACCAGUCGAAUGAUAUGUUGGUCCAAAUGAGACUACUCCUCCAAGCAGAGAGGAGUCUGGACAAUGCGAAACUGGGAACAGCUCCAAUGGAAAUCAAGCGAAAGUCCCAUGAAGUCCUUCGCAUGGCCACAUUGGGAGGGGCCGAAGCGAUGGGAAUCGGCCAUCUCGUAGGCAGCAUCACCCCGGGUAAAAGAGCAGACUUGAUCAUGGUCAAAUGUGAUGAUAUCAAUGUUGUGCCUGUCAUUGAUCCCAUCGGGACUUUGAUAUUCAAUGCUCAUCCAGGGAAUAUCGAUCUUACCAUGAUCGAUGGCAAGAUCCUGAAGAAAGAUGGGAAGUUGGUGCAUGCAGACUGGGGAAAGAUGCGGGAUGACGUUCGAGCCCGGACAACGCGGCUGGUUGAGGCGGGUCGAAUCAUUUUGGGGAAGAACAAUUUUGCGACUACCUCGACGAUGGCGGAUUUCGGGGAUUACCUUGAUGCAUUGUGA